AUGUUUUCUGUGGAUCGAUUGAUCAGACUUGUGGAAAAGGGAUUGAAUCAGCUGUCAUAUAAAGAAUGCAUGGUGACCACCCCAACAGGAUACAAGUAUGAAGGAGUGAAAUUUGAGAAGGGAAAUUGUGGUGUCAGCAUAAUGAGAAGCAGUGAGGCAAUGGAACAAGCUUUACAAGACUGCCGUCGAUCCAUAUGCAUUGCGAAGAUCCUGAUUCAGAGUGAUGAAGAGACACAAAGAGCCAACAUAUAUUAUGCUAAGUUCCCCCCAGACAUUUACUGGAGAAAAGUCCUUCUGAUGUAUCCAAUUCUCAGUACUGGAAAUACUGUAAUUGAAGCUGUAAAGGUUCUUAUAAAACAUGGAGUUCAACCCAGCGUUAUUAUCCUACUCAGUCUGUUCUCUACUCCUCAUGGUGCCAAAUCAAUCAUUCAGAAGUUUCCUGAGAUCACAAUUUAA